CUGGCUCAGCUGAGACAACGAAGAAGCUGAAGAAAAAGAGCCCAGGUUUCAGAGUGUCAGGAGAGUCAAGAGCAACAGGUUAGAAAUCUGAGCUCUGAUGAAAUAUUAGUCGUCAUGAGGAAAUACUUGUACUAAAAGACGAACCGCCUAGCUCGGGGCUCUGCCCACAGCUAGUGGAAGUGGCAGCGUUAGCUCAGAGCCCUGUCAUCCCUGUCACGGGGUACUUAAAUAGAAGGAGCCGCUGACCGUUUGUUUCUGCAGAGACAACUUCAAUGUUGAAAGUAGGUGGGGGCGUUUUUAAUGAAAUAAGUCAGAGGGCAGCGUGCAAAGUCCGGGACUGCUGAGGUCCAUCUUGUUCCAGGCUGUGUCUCUGCAUUCAGGGCAGGAAGUACCACUGGGUACCUUCGUCAGUUGUCCAUGUUCCAUCUGAGAGCCACCCCAGAAAGUGCCCUUGUGGAUGUGCCUGUGCACAUUCGGGCAACCGGUCUGCCUCCAUCAGAGGUGGUGACCCUCGUAGCAACUCUAAAGGAUGAGAAAGGGUUGCCAUUCCGGUCCAAAGCCUUCUACAGGGCAGAUGAAUAUGGCGAGUUGGACCUCACACGGGUUCCAGCUCUUGGAGGUGACUACGUGGGAGUCCACCCAAUGGGCCUCUUCUGGUCGCUGAAGCCUGAGAAGGUUUUUCGGAGGCUGAUAAAGAAGGAUGUGAUGAACACCCCCUUUGAGGUCACUCUGGAACUUUAUGAGUCAGUGUUGACACAUGUAACAGAAGACGUUCAGCCCAAGGCCAAAACGACAGUGAAGCGCUGGUACUCAGUCCCUGGGGUGCAGCGGAUGCAGAUGCGAAAGGGAAGAUUGAGAGGAGCGUUUUUCCUUCCUCCAGGAGAAGGCCCUUUUCCUGGAGUCAUAGAUUUGUUUGGAGGCAUAGGGGGUCUGGUUGAAUUUCGAGCUAGUCUUUUGGCUUCACAUGGCUUUGCUGUGCUGGCCUUGGCCUAUUUUAACUUUGAAGAUCUGCCAAGUGAUCUGUUGGAGGUGGACUUGGAAUAUUUUGAGGAAGCUGCCAACUUUCUGCUGGCACAUCCUAAGAUCCAAGGACCUGGUGUCGGAGUUGUAGGCGUGAGCAAAGGUGCAGAGAUUGCCCUGUCCAUGGUCUGUUUCCUGAAACAAAUAGCAGCUGCAGUCUGCAUCAAUGGGCCGAAUACCGCCAAUGAGCCAUCGCCACACAGAUACAGGGAUCUACUUAUCCCAGGCGCUAUACCCAGUCCAGAGCAAAUCCGGUUCGAUGCCUUAGGCACGUUGGUCUUCCGCCACUACAUGUGUAAAGGUCUGGAUGAACUGAAUCAGAAGAGUGCAAUUCCUGUUGAAAAGGCCCAGGGUCAGAUCCUCUUCGUUGUAGGAGAGGAUGACGAAUGCGUCAACAGUAAAGUAUGUGCUGAGCAGUGCUUGGACCGGUUGCGACGUCAUGGAAAAAGUAACGCAAGGAUACUGGCAUACCCCGGGGCCGGCCACCUCAUAGAGCCUCCCUACUCGCCCUUGUGCUACGCUUCUUGGAGCCCUGGUUUUCCCAGCCCUUUACUCUGGGGCGGGAAGACUGAGGCCCACGCCGCAGCUCAGGAGCACGCCUGGGCAGAGGUACAGAAAUUUCUCAGGCAAAACCUCACUGGGACCAAAAGCAAGCUCUGAGCAAGGGCUCAAGAUGACAGGGUGGAAGACAGAAAACGAGGACAAGCAGGCAUGUUCAUCCUCGGGUAUAAAAGGGCUUUCUGGAGUUUUGUAGAUUCAUAAUUAUGUUGUCAACUGCAAGAAAUUGAAGAAAACAAAAACUCUACACACAGUUGUAUUUCUGAAAAUGAGUGCACUUACAAUGUUUUGAUAAAUUGAAUCUUAGUUUAUAUGACCGGAAUAUGUCCUUAUUUCAAAAGUGUGAAUGGAAUAUUCUUUUGUUCCCUAUGUAGAAACACUUAGGGUGCAGGUGUUUCAGUCAAAUUCCCUGCAGCUUCCAAGUAACCAAUGGAAAUGCAUUUUGUUUAAAUUAUCUGGAGUCUCUGAUGCUUGAUAAAACUUCUAAUGCCACAAUCAAGUGUAAGAUUUGCUAUGGAUUUCCAGUAGAUACUUAAAAAAUGUGAUUUCUAAAAUUUACUUUUAUUAAGGCAGUGCAAAUCACAAAGUUAUUCACAAUACAACUAUUUCAGGCAUGCAAUGUUCCUUCCUCCUAUCAGGCACAUAAAAAUUUACUUUAAAUAGAAUUCUCAGAAAAUAAACCAGUGCAAGUCAGUUUGUGAUGAUUGAUUUCUAUGACUUUUAACUAUGUAAAAAUUCAGAUUAUUUAAUACAAUAUAAUUAUAUUCUCAUUUUAACAUAUAACUUAUAACAUAAGUAAAUUCUCAAAUCUGACAUCUAAAGUGUAUUGCAUUAAAUUUUAUUUUUGUACAUAGAUCUCACUGUGCUAAUUCUCAUUAUCUUCUCAUUGAUAAAGCUUAAAAAAAAUUCUGUGCUAAUAUACUUUAGGGUUUACAUGAAAUAGGUACAACCUAUCAAUGUAAAAUUUAGUAAGAGUUUAAAAAAUUAAGAAAAUUUAAAGGAGAAAAUCUAAAUAGGCUUAUAAAAGUACCAAGCAUUUUGUUCUAAGAAAAGGAAUAUUGUCUUUGUUAUAUUAGAAAGUAUAUUAUCAAUGCUGCUUAAGUAGCACUGUAGCACUGUCCCGUUGUUCAUCGAUUUGCUCGAGCAGGCACCAGUAACGUUUCUACUGUGAAACUUGUUACUGUUUUUGGCAUAUUGAAUACUCCACCGGUAGCUUGCUAGCCUCUGCUGUGCGGGCGGGAUACUCUUGGUAGCUUGCCGGGCUCUCCGGAAGGGAUGGAGGAAUCGAACCCAGGUCGGCCACGUACACAAAUGCCCUACCUGCUGUGCUAUCGCUCCACUCCACUGCUUAAGUAUCUGCAUUAAUAAGUAAAUGAUUGCAAUAAAAAUAUUUAUGGAUAUAAACAAGACUGUUUAGGUAUAGAACAUUAAACUAGAUGUUAGCUUUUUAUUGAAAAUGUACAAAUCCUUUAGAAAUCUAGGAAUAAACAUUACUUUGGUUAAUCAGUUAAAGGACAACCAUCAGUGCAAUGAGUAUCAUAUUCAAUGGCAAGUGAUUAAUGUUUUUUCAAUAGCAAUAUUUCUUUUUAUUCAAAAAUAUGUGAUUUUUUUUCACCUUUGGAGAUGGAGAGGAACUCAGUGCUCAGGAGUAGACUAUGAUGCAUCCUGGCCACUUUUAGUGAGCUGAAGGUUUUAUUCAAGAGCCCUGUGAUACAGCUCAGGGCAUAAAGUGUUAGGAAUUACUCUGGCCACCCUGAGUGCUAGAGACCUCGUGGAUCACCCCAGUGGUGGAGGGGGUGCACCCCAGGGAUGCACCUGAAAAUGCCAGGGAGACCAUGAUACUGGUGACUAUUGUCACUGUAUGCAAGGUGUCCACCCUAACACCUGGACUAUCUAUCUGGCCCCCUUUUAUCAUUUGAGUCAGAACAAGUUUUAAAUUUAAGGAAGUACUUUUGUAGUAUUCAUCGAAGUUAAAUAAAUUUAUUCGACACUAUUAGGAUAAUGCCAGGCUCAUAGCAAUUAUUAUGAGUUAGCUUUAAUUUUCUUAAUCCUUUCAUUCUUCAAUUUUCUGCUGUUGGGUUACAUUCAUUAAUAGAUACACCUUGCCUAUCCCCAUCUUAUUUUAAUAGGUGAAUUUCUCAUAUUGACUAAUUCACAUUUAAAAUUUUCUCUUGGAACCAAUUUGGUCACCCACAUUUUAUAGAACAUAUUCUUCUCAUAGUUUUCGUAUUUCUCUUAUUUGCUUGUAUUUUUUUCUCGUUUCCUUCAGUUUGACCUCAAUUAAAGCCUAAUUUGUUUUUUUCUUCACUUAAAAAAAUUUCAAAUCAAAGCAUUGUGAUUUGCAAAGUUAUUCUUACUAUGAUUCAGCACCAGUCCCUGCAUCAGGAUUACUUAUGUCUCCUACCCCUAGACACCCGCCCCUGCUCCCCCACUCCCCACCCCCCAACCUGCCACCUUGAUAAGCACAUUUUAAAAUUUGUUUGUUAGUGAGGCCCAGGCUGUCCAAGCACGUGGCUCCUUGUUCUUGUGCAUCCUUCAUGUUUAUAAAGCUGUCUGUGAGGUGGGGGAAAAAAUAAAUAAAUUUGUUAAAAGUUUGAAUCUCUUUGUUUUCAGUGUUGUUGACUCUGUUUUGAAUAUUUAGCUAUACCACCUAUUUUUUCUUUUUUCAUCCCGGU